AUGAUUCCGGCUGGAGCCACGCAACGGUCCGUUGGUGCAGUCCUGCCACAUUGGCAAGAGUGGCAGGAUAAACCGGGUAGGCUGUCCUACAGGAUGACACAGGUACUCACCGGGCAUGGUUGCUUUGAUGAGUACCUGUGUCGAAUCGGGAAGGAGGCGACGGCGGUGUGCCACCAUUGUGGAGGACCCCAGGACACGGCGCAGCACACGCUGGAAGUCUGCCCAGCGUGGGUAGAUGAGCGCCGUGUUCUGGAGCAGGAAGUGGGAAGAAAUCUCUCGCUGGCUACCAUAGUGGGAAAGAUGGUGGCCAGCGAGAAAACCUGGCAAGUGGUGGCCUCCUUCUGUGAAGUUGUUAUGUCACAGAAGGAGGCCGCCGAGCGGGAGCGCGAGCGGACCGCGCAUCCCGCUCGGAGAGGGAGGGCUCGGAGAGGGGCCAGAGCGAGGCAUCCUUCGCCUCCUGGCCCCCUCCGACGCCCUUGA